UUCUCAUACAGCGAAUGGGCCGAGAAACAAGAUCAUAUCUGGUCCAGCGUUAUCUUUGGCAUGAGAGAGAGAGAUUAGUAGCCUUUGUUGCAUUUGUGAUGCAUUGAAAAGGGUGCCUUAUUUAUGGACGAUUGAUUGCAAUAUAUAUAUAUAUAUAUAUAUGCAAAGUAAGGAAGACAUCACACGUGCGGGAGUUAGUUAGCGAGCUGAUCUUCCCCAGCGGGUAGUUGACUGCCCUGCUCUUUCCAUCUCUUCACUCUACUACCCAAGCCCGACUGAAGACCUAAGAGCUCUACUCUGUGCCGAGGGCUCUACAUAAGAGCUCUAAGCCCCGUCACACUACUCAGGUUGGAAGAGCCGUAACCCAGCCAGUGGAGGGGUCAUCAUAAUCAUCAUGACUCAGAGUCCCGUCCAUGGCUGCUCGGUCUGUGUGGCCCAGCUGACAGUCUUCCUCUCCCUUGCCCUGCUGUUGUGUCCCCUGGGGAGAGCACUUGGCGAAGACCAGGCUUCUCCGGCCCAGGUGCUGCAGGGCCUGUUGGAGCGAUAUGGGGACAAUGCCACCAUCUCUGUCCCCCAGCUCCGCUCUUUGUUGGCACGACUCGGUGCACCCGGCCUGGGGGACAACGGCACCACAGCAGAGGCGACAGCUCCACCGGCGCCGCCCAGAGUCAACCUGUCCAAAUGCUUACCUGGAGACACCCUGGCAGUUUACAGUAUGAACGAGCAGUCUCGUCUGGAUGGGCGUGGCCUACAGGAGCUCUGCCCCACCAUGCUUCAGCAAUUGGACUCUGGCGCCUGUGGGGUGGAGAAAAAGGAGGAGCUUAUCAUAGACCCGCCUUCCAAACCCACUGCUGCUGAAGUUUGGGGUUAUGGCUUCCUGUGUGUGACCUUCAUUUCUCUGUGUUCGCUGGUUGGGGCCAGUGUGGUCCCCUUCAUGAGGAAAACCUUUUACAAGCGUCUGCUGCUCUACUUCAUAGCCCUGGCCAUUGGCACCCUCUACUCCAACGCCCUGUUUCAGCUCAUCCCAGAGGCAUUUGGUUUUAACCCUAUGGUGGACAACUAUGUGUCUAAGUCCACGGUGGUGUUCGGAGGGUUCUACCUCUUCUUCUUCACUGAGAAGGUCCUCAAGAUGCUGCUCAAACCCAAGGAUAAGGGCCAUGACCACAGCCAUUUCCCAGCCAACGGAGACAUGGAAGAGGGCGUGACAGAGAAGCUGCAGCAGAGUGGAGAGGCGGGGCUUAACCUGCCCAAAGUGGACGGAGGAGAGGGGGACCGCAUGCUCACCCCUGCACUGACCCCACCGGACUCUCAGAGCCUGGGUGGAGGGAACAGCAGAGGAGGCUGCUAUUGGCUGAAGGGUACAGCAUACUCUGACAUCGGCACUCUGGCCUGGAUGAUCACGUUGAGCGACGGGCUCCAUAACUUCAUCGACGGCCUGGCCAUCGGAGCCUCCUUCACUGCCUCGACCUUCCAGGGCAUCAGCACCUCCGUGGCUAUACUCUGUGAGGAGUUUCCCCAUGAACUGGGAGACUUUGUGAUCUUGUUGAAUGCUGGGAUGAGUAUCCAGCAGGCUCUGUUCUUUAACUUCCUGUCUGCCUGCUGCUGCUACCUGGGCAUGGGUUUUGGCAUCCUGGCAGGAAACAGCUUCUCACCUCAAUGGAUCUUUGCCCUGGCAGGGGGCAUGUUCCUCUACAUCGCCCUGGCAGACAUGUUCCCGGAGAUGAACGAGGUGAGUCGUGAGGAGGAGGAGGCAGGGGGAAGCAGCUUCCUUGUGACCUUCAUCAUCCAGAACGCGGGCCUCCUAACCGGCUUUGCCAUCAUGCUGCUACUGACCACCUACUCUGGAGCCAUCUCUAUAGACUAGCAUUAGUAUUCACACAACUACACCCUGUCGGUUUUAACCAGAUCCAACCGCUUUCAACUGUAAUGAUUCCUUUUGGAGCUGAAUGGAAAUGCCCGCCCCUCCCUCCCCAGGCUCCCUCUCAGGCCCCAUUUUGCCCCCGAUUCUCCCUCAGGACUUUAGAGACCCGGGGCUUCAGUACUAGUGCGGCAGGAACGCACCCUAUAAGACUUAAGCAGUUCCCAAAUGCAGUAGCUACUAGUACACUGGCAGGGGAACCGCCCUCCCUCAUCUCUCUUGGGCCUUCUCUGACCCCCCUAGUAUACUGGCAGGGGAACAGGCCUCCCUCAUCUCUCUUGGGCCUUCUCUGACCCCCCUAGUAUACUGGCAGGGGAACCGCCCUCCCUCAUCUCUCUUGGGCCUUCUCUGACCCCCUAGUAAACUGGCAGGGGAACCGCCCUCCCUCAUCUCUCUUGGGCCUUCUCUGACCCCCUAGUACACUGACAGGGGUACCACCCUCCAUCUAUCUCUCUUGGGCCUUCUCUGACCCCCUAGUACACUGACAGGGGUACCACCAUCUAUCUCUCUUGGGCCUUUUCUGACCCCCUUAGUACACUGACAGGGGUACCACCCUCCAUCUAUCUCUCUUGGGCCUUCUCUGACCCCCCUUGUACACUGACAGGGGUACCACCCUCCAUCUAUCUCUCUUGGGCCUUCUCUGACCAGCCCCCCCUUGCCAGCUAGGUGACUAGCCUAGAGAUCCCUUUCCCCUCUGUUCUAUGCCACCUGCAGGGACAGGAACAGGUCAUAGGCAGGAGGUAGGACCACCAUAUUAUCUCCUAUGCUGAUGAUCAACAGACAUGCAAUAUCUACAAACCAUUUAUUCAAACACAGUUCAUAUAGAAACUAUAACUAGGUAUAAAUAAAGUUAUUUAAUCAAACACUUCCUUGUUCCCCAGACUACUGAGAGACCAUUUCGGCUCUACAAAGACUCUUGCUGUUGUCAUGGAGAUCAUUCUGUCAUUGGUUAGUUUGGACAUGCAUGAUGAGCGUCGAGUUGGACAUUUUGAGCAACCUGGGGUGUAUUCAUUACGGAAACCGUUUGAGAACGGUAGCAAACAGAGCAAAUGGAACGAUACAAUAGUAAGGAACCUACCAGAAUUUGUCCAAUAGAAACGGUUGUUUUGGUUUUGCAACAGAAUCAGCGUAAUGAUUACACCCCAUGGUCCAACGACAUGGAAAUAGUGUAUUUAUGUUACCCAUAUGCCUCUGAGUGCCCAUGGGCCAAACGACGGUGGCCUGCGCAGCACAAUCAGGUAAUAGCAGUUGUAUUGUAGACAUCCUUGGACCUUUUUUCAUUGUCAGAGUGCAAACCCUUUUUUCAAUACAUACCAAAAAGAAAGUGUUCCAUAUAUUUAUAUAUGACGCACCGGUCAACUGGAAAGUUGAGCAAGCCGACGUGAAGAUGAACAAAUCCUUUCCCCAACAUAGGACUGAUGUGUCUGUGUUGUGUUUUACUUCAGGAGGAACCAGACAAAUGCAACACGUGUGAAUUUGAACCACAACAUGUGGACAGACAGACCGUUUAUGAUGGACUCCAUUGGGACUUGUUUUUCCUCCAAAGUGUGAAGAACAAGAACCACCUCUGAUUUGUAGCUUUCUGUCCUGGUUUCCUCGGUUGACAUUGUUCUCUACUAAGAUCUCAGCAAAUAGCUCCCUAUUAUAGUACACUUCCUAAAAUAAGGUUUUCUGUAGGGAAUAGAGUGCCAUUUUGGACAAAGCCUAUGUUUGAUGGAUGGACGGACUAUGGUGGCACCUGAAGCCACGGUCUAUUUCUCCCAAUCAGUUCCCCCAUCUAGCUAACCAUCUGUGCCCUUCAUAUGUCGUUGACCUGAUUUUUCUAAGACUCUAAUCUCUAUGAAUGCAAUCCUCCAUUCCUUAUCCAUACCGUUGUCAUUUUGAGAUAACGUCUAUUGUUGUAUUAUUUGUAUGUAAUGAAUGAAUGUUUAGAAUCAAAGACCGUACACCCAGAAUCAUAGUCACACUUAAAGGAGGAGUUCACUAUUUUACAAGAUAAUGUUGAGAUGGUUCCUCACCCUGAACAUAGUCAAUGGGCCAGGAGAAACUGUAAUCCAUGGUUCAGUUUUCUUUAAACAGCCACAACAAACUUCAGCUUUUGCCCCAUCGCUGGCUAAAAAUCUAUGGAAGUGAUGGGCAGCUUUUAAAAAGUAAAAUGUCCAAAUCGCCCAAAAUCAAUUCUAUAUUUUGUUUACUGAUACUUUAAAGUGAUUUCGCCUUUAAAAAGAAGAAACAUGCUCACAGCCCCAAUCACUUCCAUAGAUGUUUAGCUAGCGGUGGCCAGAGUUGGUAAUGGCUGUUUAAUGAAAACUGAAUUUUUUAAGAACAAAUUAUUGGGCCUCCCGAGUGGCGCAAGGCACUGCAUAGCAGUGCUAGCUGUGCCACUAGAGAUUCUGGGUUCGAGGCCAGGCUCUGUCGCAGCCGGCCGUGACCGGGAGACCCAUGGUGCUGUGCACAAUUGCCCCAGCGCUGUUAGGGUGAAGGUUUGGCCAGCAGGGAUGUUCUUGUCCCAUUGCGCACUAGCGACCCCUGUGGCGGGCCAGGCACAGUGCACCCUGACACAUUAAUGCGGCUGGCUUCCUUGUUAAAUGGGCAUUGUGUCAAGAAGCAGUGCAGGUUGUGUUGGGAGAGGCGGUCAAGAGCUGUGCAUUCUCCGAAACACAACCAAGCCGCACUGCUUCUUGACAACAAUGCCCAUUUAACGAGGAAGCCAGCCGCAUCAAUGUGUCGGAGAAAACACCGUGUCCGGGGGCACUCCUGCGCCCUAGACUACUUUCAGGGUGAGGAACCAUCUAACAUAAAGUUGUAAAAUACUGAACUACUCAAUUUUCAAGAUGUUUUUGUCCUUAUCCAACACCCUAAAGAAACCAUCUCACUCCUUCAGUGAUGUGAGGGUGUCAUUCAUGUAGCAAUGCCCAAACCACAUGGUUGAAUCUGUAAGGCUUGCCAUGUUUUAGCCUGUAAUGAUUAUUCAGCUUCUACAAUGUCAAUGGUUGAUUAGAUCAGUGAGUUAUGAAGUACGUAUUACAAUAUAAUACGUAUUAUAUUAGUGCUGUGGUCAUGACAGUGCUAUAGGGUUAUAUAACAGUUGAUACGAAGAGAAGUUAUAAGUAACAGUUGUUAUAGCUUUGCCACCAGGGACCGGUGUGGUAGUAACAAAAAUGUGCUUGUGACAUGAGGUCAACAAAACUGUAAGACCAUGAUGAUGCAGGACGAGUGGGCUUCCUCAGUCUCGACAGAAUUUAUUUGGAGAGAAUGAAUUGUACCAUUUUAGCAGAUGCAAUUGUGUGUAAUAUUAUAAGUGACCCCUAGAGGGAGACACUGCCUCUGAAAUAAAUCAGCAUAAAGCAGUGGAGAAUAUUUCCCCUCCAUUGAGUAUUUGCUCAGAGCUGUACUAUAGUUGCUAUGCAUUGACUGAAUUUAUCUUGUUUUUAUUGGCAUAGAAUAGAUUAAAAUCCUAAAGAUUAGGUGAAUAAUUGCUUUUUCCCUUUUCUGGGUUAAUCUGUAUGAAAUAAACCAUCUCAUGAAUUGUACAAUGGCAACCAUAAUGUAUUGGAACGCUUUGAAACGGUUAGUUGUAUGGAUAAUCAGCGUUAUUGUUUAAGCCAUAAUGUUUUGGAAUGCAUUUGACAUUUUAAGUUUAUGCACAUUACACACUUCUUUUGUUUUAGAAAUACAAGCCAUGUGAAACUAGACAAUGCUGCACUAUUUUUUUGUUGUAUUUAUUCAUUUUCUUUAGCGAUCAUUUUACAUUUUUGCACAUGUAAAACAGAUUUGUUAGUCAUAUGGAUACAUCAAUACAACACGUAUGAAAUCAGAGUACAUACACAGUCAACACACAUUUCCACCUCGACGUCUUCAGUCUCCAUUUCGACAAGUCCAUACCUCCAUGCAGGAUUUUGCUGUCUGAAACACUUAAUUGUGUGUGACUAACCAGAGUUAGUGUCAAUUCAGAACGUAAACCAAAUUCCAAUUCCGAAUGUUGUUAAUUGAGAAUUUGAUUUGGAAUUUCGGUGUACUUCCUGAAUUCAAAUGGAAUUGACCCCAACUCUGAUUCAAACUGACUUUAGACUUUUUAAAGAAGUUAUUUAUUGGUGAUGUAAAGAUGUCAGACUCCUGUGAAUAGUGGUGUCAAGGAAGUGUUGUACUUUUUGCAGUGUGUUGUGGGAGCAGGGAACAUGUAUUUUUUUUUUAUAAACAAUUUUCCUAAAUUAA